UACAAUCAUAUGGAAACACAACUGGCUUUCAGUGAGUUGCUUCAGUUUAAAAAACUGCCACUUGCUAUUGGUGCACUACCAACCUGCUUUCCAAGUAAUGUGAUUGGUUGGCAUAAAGCAUCAGGUCAAUGUAAUUAUAGAAUAGCUCAUAAAUCAGCAGGGACCUGGGAUGUCGAUAUUGAUCCUAGGAGUUAGUCCUGAACACACAAGGGUGCCAAUUGUUGUGUAUGUCUAGGUCAAAGAAAUAAAGACCUCACUGUCCCAGUCGUCUAACUGUCUAAUUAUGUUCUCUCCCCAGUGGCUGAAGGCUGGCCUGGGGACACCAGUGACUGAGAUUCCCUUGAUGAUCGGGAGUUUGAAGUUCUACACGAUGGGAAGGGGCCAAUACAUCAGCACUUCCUGGGAUGUUACGGCGGCUAUACAGACUAUGUAUACACUCUCUCUCGCUGCCAUAGAAAAUAACAUAGCCAUCAACGUCAGUAUUAUGACUGACUGUAUUACUGUGAGCAGUCAGAUCUUAGAAUACGAGCUGCCAAACCUGUGGUAUAAUAUCCAUUAUGAAGAUCCGGCCAUAGGAUCCAAAUUUACACAAUCACUGGAGAACAUGCUGAGGGUCCUAGAACCACAGGCUAAAGAUCUGCAGAUCAUCGCUCCUAAUGUUGAGCUGAAUAUUUUUGUACUAGAACCCUCUACAUUGGCCUCUCACAGCACCUUGAGUAUUAGCCCUAGGGUGCAGAUGUUGUUCAAGAGCACUGCUCUACAAGAACUUACUCAGAUUGGCAACCUCACCAUGGCCAGUAUGGCAAUCAAGAAACUAAGUAAAAUACUGCCUAAUAAUUAUGGGAACAAUUUAAAGGGGUCUGGCCACGUCAUCAAAGACAUUAUCUUAAUGAACAACUUUAAUAUCAACCAGGAGAGUCUGAGACAAGACGGCAUCGAUCUGAUUUUUGAGAGAGCAAGUGACUUAAAUAGGACAGAAGUAGACCUAUCUCAGUGUGUUUUAUGGGACUACAAUCUAUUUGAUGGAAAUGGUGGUUGGUCUCCUGAGGAAUGCCUCACCUACACCAAGGACAACAUCACAGUGUGCAGUUGCAAACACCAAACAUCUCUUUCCCUUGUGACCUUUAUCCCCACCCCUCAAGAGGAAUGUCGCUGGAAAUCUCUAAAUCUCUUUGGUAGAUCAACGUCCAUUGCAAGUCUUAUCCUUUCUCUUCUCAUAUAUCUUGUGGAGUGGAGGUUUAUUGUGAAGAGUCAGAUCUCCUUUUGCCAUCAAAUGUCUAUAGUCAACAUUGCCCUGUGUUGGUUGAUGGCCGACUUGUGCUUCUUGGGAUCAUCCUGCAUCAUCGGUACGACGCUCACUCCUGACUUCUGUACCGCGGCAGCAUUUUUCAAGCACCUUUUUUACAUGGCUGCCUCGUUUUGGAUGCUCUUCGAAGGACUUCUUUUAUUUCAGCAACUCGUCUUGGGUUUUCUUAAGUUACAGAAGAAGUCCUUAGUAGUCAUCAUGCUGGCUAUCGGUUACCUUUGCCCGCUGAUAAUAGCUCUUGUGACUUUGUCUCUCUAUCAUCCGUCAGGGACUUAUGUUACUGCAGAUAUUUGUUUUUUGAAUGUAGAAAAUGGGGCCAUCAAUACUUUCUCUGCGCCAGUUCUGAUCAUUAGUUUCAUGAACAUCGUCGUAGUAAUUGUGGGAAUUUGGAAGCUGAUGAAGCCUUCCCAAUCUGAAAGUUCAGAAGAAAGUGGAGAAGGGCAGCCAAAAGAGAGGUCAAGAGAUAGCACUAAUGGGUGUGCAAAAGAGAGGUCAGAAGAAAGUGCAGAAGGGCAGGCAAAAGAGAGGUCAAGAGAUAGCACUAAUGGGUGUGCAAAAGAGAGGUCAGAAGAAAGUGCAGAAGGGCAGGCAAAAGAGAGGCCAGAAGAAAGUUCAAAAGGGAGUGCAAAUGAGAGAUCAGAAGAGAGUGCAAAAGAGAGUUCAGAAGAGAGUGCAAAAGAGAGUUCAGAAGAGAGUGCAAGAGAGAGGUCAGAAGAAAGUGCAAAAGAGAGGUCAGGAGAAAGUUCAGAAGAGAGUUCAGAAGGAGAAGAUAGAGAAGACUUGAUAGCCAUCUUUAAGCCCCUCCUUAUCCUGACAACUAUCUUUGCCCUGACUUGGGUCCUUGAAUUGGCAAUGUCCGUAAUGUGCGGAGUGCAGGUGUUCUUGGAUUUCAUCUCUAACAUUCUGAAUUCAUUUCAGGGUCUUUUCAUAUCUGUGUUUGGCUGCCUUAUGGACAAAAGGGUCUGGAUGGCGAUAUUAAAGCGAUUACGAUGGCUUCGAGACUUGAUCCCACCAAUUUCAUCCAUAAACUGCUUGUGGAGGAGAAGGGAAAAGAGCUCAUACACACUGGACCAACACACCAGAUGGAAAUUCUGGAGGAAAUGGAAAGCCUAAAAUAAAUUUGUCAUUAAACAUAUGCAUUGCAUCAUGUGACUC